AUGAACUCUCUGAACAACAAUGCCAACGGAAUACAGACAUUCAGUUUUUCUGGAUUUGGCACAGGAAGAAAUCAAACUACUUCAGCUCCACCGACUACUGCUAACCCAUUCUUACAGCUUCUUGAACUUUAUCUCAGGGGUUUCUCUCAAGUGCCAACGGCUGGUGCAGGCUUCCCGUCUUUUCCUCAAGUGCCACGUGGAGGCUUCCAAUUUCCUCAAUAUGGUUAUCCUUAUUAUCCAUACUACGGUGGAUACGGAGGAUAUGGUUACUACCCCUAUUCCUAUUACUAUUAUUAUUAUGGAUAA